AAACUUGAACUAGCUAGAAGAAAAUAUUGCUAUGAAAAAUCAAACAAAAAAUGGCAACAAAACUCACACUCAUAAUUUCAAUCCUUAGAUUUCUUAGCUUCAUGACCCUUUUCACAAAAUCAAUUGCACAAUCUGCAAACUAUGUAGGUGAUGAUUGUAAAAACUCAACAGAACAAUCUCUUACAGCUACAUACAAAUCAAACCUUAACAAAGUGUUGUCAUUGCUUUCCUCUGAUGCUAUUGUAAGCAAAGGAUAUAAUCACACAAGCAUAGGUGAUAACACAGUUGAUGCUGUUUAUGGUCUCUAUGAUUGUAGGGGUGAUGUUACAGGUUCAUUUUGUCAAUUUUGUGUCUCUACUGCUGCCUCAGAUAUUCCUCAACACUGUCCUAAUAGAGCCUCAGUUACUAUAUGGUACAACUUUUGCAUUCUCAGAUAUUCCAAUCAUAAUUUCUUUGGAAAGCUAACAACAGAUCCAUCAUGGUACAACAUAUCUGGGUCAAAAAACAUCAAUAAUCCACAAGAACUUGAGAAAGCUGAGGAUAAUAUGCAAAGUUUGAUCAAAGAAGCUACUUUGGAUACCAAAAAUUUAUAUGCAAUGGGUGAGUUCAAUUUGAGUACUAAUAAAAAAAGAUAUGGAAUGGUGCAGUGUAGUAGGGACCUUAAUGACAAGCAAUGUAAUCAAUGUUUGGAGGCUAUGUUAGACAAAGUUCCUAAAUGUUGUGGGACAAAGAUUGGUUGGCAAGUUCUUGCUCCAAGUUGUUUGAUAAAAUAUGAUGAUUUUAUGUUCUAUCAACUUAUUUAUCAAACAUCAACUCCUUUGCCAGCUGGGCAAGGAGGUUCAAAAAAAUCAAAUACCUUGAUCAUCACCAUAGUCAUUGUGUUGGUGGUGGCAGUUGCUCUCAUGAGUUGUUGUAUCUACUUCAUAUGGAGGCGUAAUCAUUCAAAUAAAGAUGGAUUAGAAUCAGAGACAAUUCCUAUAUCUCUUCAUGACCGUAAAGAAAACGAUUCAAUAAAUUCCAACCUUCCAAUAAUCCCUAAUCUAAGAGGGACUAAUCCCACCGUUCACUUGCGAGUGUCCUAUUUAAAGCCAAAGUUUUUUGCUUUUUAUGGACUUAGCACAUCGAAAUUGACACCAAGGGGAAUCGAACCGGGGACUUUGAGAGGAACAUACUCUAAGAACCCAAAUCAACACCACUAGACCAACCCCAAGUGGGUUAAACCAAAAAACUUUAAUGCUAGUUUUAAAGCUAUUAUUUCUAACUUUAUGGUUAAAAUAGUUUAUACACCUAAAAAAUGGUGGGCCAAAUGGUACCUUAGUACUUUCCCUCAAAUGGGGUGCCAUGCUGAUGUGGUAAGUGUGCGUUAAGUCUCACAUUGCUUAGAAAAAUGGAGGUUGAACACUUAAGUUGUUUUCAUUUCAUUUUGGUCAUCAAUAAUUUCUUGAGUCCAAUUUCUUGCACCCCUCUCAAUUAUCCUCAAUUUCCUAAUCUCUUAGGUAGAAUUGAGCUUAAUUGAGGUUUUCUAAACAAGAUUCAAUAAUCACAAGGAUCAAUUCCUUAUCUCUAAGCAAUUGCAUCAAAGAACAACAAAUAGAGGUCCAAAUCCAAUCUCCAUUCUCAUGAAUAAUUGAAUUCUAACAUCAAUUCACAUAUGAUCAAUACAUGAAAGCAUUAAACACAAGAUCUAUUGAUUGACAUAACAUCCAUACAAAUUCAUAAAAUCACUACUCAAAUUAAGAUCCAAUUACAUUGAGUCAUCUCAAAAUACCUAAUCAAUGAGAUCUAGUGAUUCAUAAUAAAGGAGGAUCUUGCAAGGGAUAGUAUGGAUCCAAUCUUCAUUAUCAAUCUUCCAGGAAUUUGGCGCAAGCUUCAAUGAAACUCUCAAAACCUCCUUCCAAAAGUGUAAUUUCGUAAUCGAAUGUCUAACCCCAAAACAGAGCUUCAUUUUCGUUUAAACAGGCAACACGCGAUCUGAACUGGCGCGAAACGAAGCAAACAACACGCGCCACGCAGGUCGUAACUGACUUGCUGCUCCACAUGCAGCCAACCCUGCGUUCCACGCUGCUGCAAAACUCCACUCCAUACGCGUCACACCAGCACAACUCUCGUGGCACGCCAUCAACAGGGAUUAAAGGAUUUUUUCAUCAACCAUUGCGUGAAACGCAACACCUCAUGCGUGACACGCCUGUUGGAACAAAUGUUGAAGCAAAACCAGACACACGCACACACACUUUGUGAUUUGAGAGAGAUAGAGAAGAAGAGAGAAAAAUGAAUUCUUUAUUAAUUUGAGAGUAAUUGUGAAUUACAAUGAGUAAUACUAAAGUUUUCUAAAAAAACUGAGUAUACAUAUGUAUUUAUAAACUAUACAGAGUAGCUUACUCUCUAAGUAACAAACUAACAGAAUGUGUAACUGCCUAACUAACUAACCAACUGAAUCAGCUAGACAGAUGUUCACAGACUUGUCGCUACACCUUAAUAUGGACAGAUGUAACUAUAUCUGGUACAACAUAAUAGGUUUGACAAUUACCAAACAACCGAAGGAGAAUCAUUUUGUCAAAACAGAGAUAUAAAACGCAGCGGAUUAAAAUUUUAUUUUCCUUCAAUGGAUCCUUGCGAAUGAACACGAUCAAGGUUUAGAUUAUUACCUUUGAAGAGCAGAUCCUUUGGUUGUAUUUUGAUCACAAGCACCGCACGAUCGCAACACCUCUACUCGGUCCACACUAACAGAUUCCUUCAACUUUUAGUGCUAGCUGCUACAAGAUGAAGGCUAAGGGAUUUUUGUGCGGUUUUAGUGUUUAGAGAAUUUUAGAGUUUCUCCAAAAUUCGGUUGUGUGUGUAAGAGUGACAAACUGAACUACACAAGGCUCUAUUUAUAGAGUUUCUUAUGUGGUCUUCAGAUCAAACGGUUAUUGGUCUUCACAAACCCAAUAACUCGCUUAUCACUAAUAGCACCCCCCACAAUAAGUCUUACUUAUUUCUUCCGUCUUAACUGUCCUUAUGUGUGUGACCCUGUAGGUACUUAUGACGUUGGCAAUAAUAUUAAUCUUAAUAUUAUAAGCAGUGAGCGGUAUCUAGCAACACAUCAUUGUUACCCAAGUCACAAGAAUGUCACGUGAUCUGACUAACCUUUUUGUGAUAAAUAUCGUGGGUAUAAUUACCCUUUUGCCCUUAUGUCUAUAUUGAACACAAGACAUAGUAUGUCACCCUUUGGUUAGUUCAAUAUUAGGCCCAUAGACACAUCUGUCGUUAUGUAGGAGGAGCAAAUUCCAUCUAGGUCAUUCAUGUCCCUCAGCAUGAUUCGUGGGAUACCCAUCAACCAACUUUAUAGUCAUCCAGUUACGGAUGACGUUUGAAUGACAACAAGGUACUACACUCCUACAUCUAGGGUAUACAUUGGUUUCAGGUCGAUGGGUGUAAUACACCAUUUAUCACUAUGAGAAUAACUUAUGGCAUUUCAUAACAUUUUAUGUAGUAUUCUCAUGAUGGGUCAAUCCGAUAUAAAUGUUACCCUUAAUAUUUAUAUAUAUGUGAAGACUUUAUAACUCUUUAUCUAUGAUCCGUGAGAUGUGAUCAUCAGUCUACCAGCAUAAUAGUCUCUAUGCUUUAACGUUAUCCCAUUUCACAAUAAAGCUUGACUACAUAUACUUUAAGAAUAGUGUUCUUACGUUUAAUGGAUUCUCACGAUUAAGUCAUACUUAACGUUCCAUUAGCGAACUAACCAUUCUAGGGACUUUAUCAUUUUAACAUAUAAACAUAAUAAAGAAAAGCCUUUUAUUUGAUAAGUAAAUUAUUCAAUACAAUAAUUGGCCUCUAGGGCUUACACCAACAACAACAUGCUCCCUUAAUUUCAAACCUAUACAUCAAUUCCUAAGUUGAAAAACACCUAGUGAAUUUUUCAAGCUUAAAAACCUGCCAGUUUUCAAACUCUUUGUCAAAAUAUCUGCAAUCUGAGACUCAGUUGCACAAUGCUCCAUGACGCACUGGAUUCUUAGCUAAGUUUAUGGAAGACUUGUUGUCAAUCUGCAACUUAAUUGGUCUUUCAACAUCUACCUUUAGCUCCUUUAAAACUGAUUCAAUCCAUAAAGCUUGACAAGCAGCAUAUGAACCAUCAAUGUACUAUGCUUCACAUGAUGAAAGGGAUACUACAGGUUGCUUCUUUGAACACCAAGAAACUGAAGCAUCCAUGAACUUGAAGAAAUAACCAGUGGUACACCUUCUAUCAAUCUUGUCACCACACCAGUCAACAUCUGAAUAACAAAUUAUCUCUUUCCUUGCAUUCCUUGCUGAAGUUGGAAAGAGAAUUCCAAACUCAAGUGUUCUUGCAAUGUAUCUCAACACUCUUCUGGCUGAAUUCAUAUAUGACUUUCUAGGCUCUUCCAUGAACCUACUUACCAAGCCUACAACAAAACAUAUAUCUGGCCUGCUAUUGCACAUAUACCUUAAGCAUCCAACAAUUUGCUUAAACAUUGUAGGAUCUACUGCUUCUUCAUUUUGAUUCUUCUCUAACCUGAGAUUUGCUUCCAUAGGAGUUAUAACAGGUAUGCAAUCUGUCAUUUUAAACCUCUUCAAUAUCUCUCCACCACACUUCCUUUGAUGUAGCAUCAACCCUCUUGUAGUUCUGAGAAACUCAAUUCCUAAGAAGUAAGAGACUGAACCCAAAUCUGUCAUUUCAAACUCAGUCAUCAUAACAAUUUUGAAUUCCUUAAUCUUCACUGUGUCACUUCCAGUUAUCAAAAGAUCAUCUACAUACAAACAUAUUAAAAUGAUGCUAAACAUUGAAUUUUGCACAUAAACUCCAUAUUCUGAUUUACACUUGGUGAAACCUAGUUUCGCAAGAAAUCCAUUAAUUCUUUUGUUCCAAGCUCUUGGAGCUUGUUUCAAUCCAUACGAAGCCUUCUUUAACCUGUAUAACAUAUUCUCCUUGUCUUUAAUCACAAAACCAACCAGGUGGCUGAGUCACAAAAACUAGUUCCUCAAGUGGUCCAUUCAAAAAUGCAGACUUCACAUCCAUAUGGUACAUAGGCCAAUCUCUUGCAUUUGCAAUGGCUAUAACCAGCCUCACUGUUUCAAUUCUACCCACAGGUGAAUAAACUUUAGAGUAAUCUAACCCUGCCUUCUAUAAGAAGCCUCUUGCCACUAAUCUUGCUUUGUACUUUGCUACUAAACCAUCUGGAUUGAGUUUUAUGAAAACCCAUUUCACUGUUAUGGCUUUCUUUUCUGCUGGAAGUUUCACUAACUCCCAAGUCUGGUUUCUUUCAAUAGCAUUUAACUCCUCUUCCAUGGCUUUCUUCCAUUUUCUGUCAUUUAAGGCUUCAAGACAGUUAAUUGGCUCAACACCUGCCAAUAAUGUAAAAUGCACUAAUUCACCAUCAUCAUUGACUUCAUUGUCAUUUGCAAGCUCACAAUCUUAUAAUCUAGUUGGAGCUCUUCUUGCCCUUGUUGAUUUGGCUCAUGAGUGUCUGGUGAUCCAACAUCUGGUGUAUCUACACCUAUCUCUACACCUGUCUCACUGUCACUACUUUCAUCUUCAGUCAAGCUCAUCACUGGCUUGCUUGUACUGCUGCCAGAUAUCCAAUCCCAGGAUUUUGCUUCAUCAACUAUGACAUCUCUGCUGAAUAUCAUUUUCUUUGACUUAGGAUCAUACAAUUUGUAUGCACCAGUUGCAUGAUAGCCUACUAGAAUCAUAGACUCACUUCUAUCAUCCAGAUUCUUUCUCUUGACCUCUGAUACAUGCUUGUAACACAAAGCACCAAAAACUCUAAAGUGACUUACAUUUGGCUUCUUGCCACACCAGACCUCUUCAGGAUCCUUAUCCUUUAACUUUCUUGUUGGACAUCUGUUCAACACAUAAACUGCAGUGUUAACUACUUCACCCCAAAAUGACUUAGGCAGAUUUCUAUGCUUUACCAUACAUCUGGCCAUGUCAAGUAUGAUUAUGUUCCUUCUCUCAGCCAAACCAUUGUGCUGAGGUGUGUAUGGAGCUGUGACCUCAUGUUCAAUGCCAUUUUCUUCAUAAAAUGACUCAAACUUCCUUGAAGUAUACCGAUGACAGUCAAUUAUGUGAUGUUUUUAGUAGUAUUUUAGGAUAAUUUUUAGUAGUUUUAAUAGUGAUUGAAGACCAAAUCCAAGCAAAUACCUAAAGUUACGAAGUUAUUUGACCAAGAAGCAAGAAAAGUGGAAAAUGCAUAAAAAGGGCAAAAAAGAAGAAAUACGCUCAAACCACAUCGUACCAAAAACGCUGUAACUGGAGCUACGAGUGUCGGAUCGAUACAUAUGACCAUGCGUUGGAAAGCUAAGACAAAUAGCUACAACUUUCUUGUUGGAGAAAAAAUCUAACUAUGCAAGACAUCGUGCCACGAUGGGUUACAUCACGCCACGAUGGAAAUACUGAAAAUCUGCGCAGAAUUAGAAAAUCGUGCUCUCCAAGUAAAAAUCUCAUCGCGCCACGAUGGUGCGUGCAGCCCAAGCCCAAAAACACAAUAAAUAGAGCUCUCCUCCUUCACAAUUAUUGGUGCUUGUCUAAGAGAUGCUGAAGGCAAUUUUAUGAGAGCUUGCACAUCACAUUUUGAAGGACAACCAGAAAUCAAAGAAGCAGAGGCACAAGGAUUGUUAAUAACACUGAAGUGGCUCCAACAACUUCAUAUUGAAAGAGUUGAAAUUGAAAUGGAUUGCAUGGAAGUCGUUAACAAUGUUGCUAGUAAGGAAAAGAAUGCUACUGAAUAUGGUACUGUUAUAGAGCAUUGUAGGCGUUUAUUAAGUUUAACUCCUAACUGUAAAGUCAGUUAUAUUCGGAGGUAAGCUAAUCGAGUGGCCCAUGAGUUAGCUCAGGUGGCUCGUUUUUUCUCUAGUCUCCUGAUUUCGGAGGUAACCUUGUAUUGAACACAUUAUUAUGAAUAAAAUGAAUUGAGUUUGCUUCCGUAAAAAAAAAAAGGUUCUAUAC